CCAUAAUAAGAAAUGAAGAACGAAUUAUAGUAAUAGUAUAACUGUGAGUCUGUGACACAGAGACAGAGCACAGUGGUGUUUUUGUGAAAUAUAAAGAAAUUAGAAGUCACUCUCUCUCUCUCUCUCUCUCUCUCUCGCUCGGAAACCCAACGCAGUAACACAACAACACUCUUACAACUUCUGACACUUUCUUACUUGACACUUGACACACACAGAGACUCUCUUUCCUCUGCUCCACUGAGGCCACAAAAAAUGGCAGCAUAGAGAAGGUUCAGCAACAAAAAUGGUGGUGGAAGAGCACGCCAAUGCCAAUGCCAAUGCCUGGCCACCCAUUGGGGCCCCACUCAACGUCCACAGAGUCAGAGACGACCAUUGGACCAACUUCGACACCUCCGUCAACGCCGUCUCCUUCGGCUUCGUCGCCACCGCCAUUCUCAUCUCCAUGUUCCUCGUCAUGGCCAUUUUCGAACGCUUCCUCCGCCCCACCUCGCCUCCCCUCCAGCCCUCCGCUCGCCGGAGCCCCCGCGACGUCGAGGCCCAGAUCGCCUUCUCCGCCAAACUCGCUCACCCUUCACCCAAAAUGAGUGUAUAUGCCAGUGGGGUUUCAGUUCUGAUGCCUGGAGAUGAGAUUCCAACAUUUAUUGCCCAUCCUGCUCCAUGUUGCCCAGAACGUAUUCCUUGGCCUUCUCAUCAGCAUAACACAUUACCUUGUUCCUCUUCCAACACCCUCCCCACUACUAUCAAUUAAGUCUGAGAGAUCUGAAUAUAGUCAAGUUCUGCAUACUGCAUGAAGGGGUUGAUUAAUUUUCUGUGAAGAGUAGACUAUUUCUUGGGGUUUGCCUUCCAUCCAUUUUUACCUCUGGAGCUCUCUUUACAGUUUAUGACAUGUAAAAUAGGAUUUAGUUUUAGGCAAACGGGUUUGGCAAUUAGAUAUCCAUCUAUAAAGUAAAAGAUCAAUUUCUGUUCAUAUGUGCCUUCCCAAUUCUUGUCCACGAAUGAUGAAAGCUUUCAGGGGGUUUUCCUGUGUAAAUCAAUUAUCAAUAGAUUGAAUAUUGUCCCCGUCAACUGGGUAAAUCUUCUUUGAGCUUCCUGUGUCUGGCACGUUUAUUUUUUA